UCAUUAUCAACAAGGACCUCGACAGUCUAAAUCUGAGUGAGCCAUUUUGAAGACUCUAGAAACCGAAGGUGCUAAAAACCCUCCAUUUCCGACUCUUUGGGCUCAGCGCCCAAAUGCUUCCAGGAGUUUUGUUGUUUCUGUUUCCUAGGUUUCUUCAGAUUUCUCAGGUAGUGGAAGAAAGAUUGGUGGUAGGAUUGAAGUUUUAAGUCAUCUGGGUUUCUAAAUUUAUUGGCAUUCAUCAACUUACCAGUCUCGCCAUUACAAGAUGGCGACUUAUGCGUCAACAUAUUUUACUAUUUCUGAUACUCGAAACCCAGUGGGACUACUAACAGGACGUGGAGGGAGGUUAUUAAUGAAGAACCAAUUAGGAAACUUUAGCUGCGUGAAAAUGGCAGAAGACAAGUAUGGUUUUAUGGGUGCAAUCCAUAAGUCGACUUUGACACAAGUCAAGUGCUCAAGCAACUCUCAGAGUGUCAGUUCAUAUCAGAAUAAAGACCCUUUUCUGAAUCUACACCCUGAAGUUUCAUUGCUUAGAGGGGAGGGAAACAAUACGGUGAACAAUCCGAGAAAAGAUAUCUCAAGUGGAAGUGUCACUGAGAGCUUAAGUGAUAAAUCUUCUCCUAGUAAUUACAGUGAAGCAAAAAUCAAAGUUAUUGGUGUUGGUGGUGGAGGGUCAAAUGCAGUUAAUCGCAUGAUAGAGAGUGCAAUGAAGGGUGUGGAGUUCUGGAUUGUUAACACCGAUGUUCAAGCUAUGAGAAUGUCUCCUGUCUUUCCUGAGAACCGCUUACAAAUUGGUCAAGAGCUUACCAGGGGUCUUGGUGCUGGUGGAAACCCAGAUGUUGGUAUGAAUGCUGCCAAAGAGAGCAAAGAAUCGAUAGAAGAAGCCCUGUAUGGAUCAGACAUGGUCUUUGUUACGGCUGGUAUGGGUGGAGGAACUGGAACUGGUGGAGCUCCUGUAGUUGCAGGAGUUGCAAAGUCAAUGGGUAUAUUGACUGUUGGUGUUGUGACAACCCCAUUCUCUUUUGAGGGACGAAAGAGGGCAGUUCAAGCCCAGGAAGGAAUUGCUGCUUUGAGAGAAAAUGUUGACACACUGAUAGUCAUUCCAAAUGACAAGUUAUUGACUGCAGUUUCCCAGUCUACCCCAGUAACAGAGGCAUUUAAUCUGGCUGAUGAUAUUCUACGACAAGGAGUUCGUGGUAUCUCUGAUAUAAUCACGAUACCAGGGCUGGUAAAUGUGGAUUUUGCUGACGUACGGGCUAUAAUGGCUAAUGCAGGUUCUUCAUUGAUGGGGAUAGGAACAGCAACUGGGAAGACAAGGGCAAGAGAUGCUGCAUUAAAUGCCAUCCAAUCACCUUUACUUGAUAUUGGUAUAGAGAGAGCUACUGGAAUUGUUUGGAACAUAACCGGGGGAACUGAUUUGACCCUUUAUGAGGUAAAUGCUGCAGCCGAGGUUAUAUAUGAUCUUGUUGAUCCAACAGCAAACUUAAUAUUUGGAGCAGUGACAGAUCCAUCACUUAGUGGUCAAGUCAGUAUAACUCUUAUUGCUACUGGAUUCAAACGCCAAGAAGAGAAUGAAGGGAGGCAACUCCAGGCACAAGGAGACGUCACCCUUGGAAUCAAUCGACGGCCUUCCUCUUUCAUGGAAGGUAGUCCAGUCGAGAUUCCUGAUUUCUUGAAGAAGAAAGGACGCUCUCGCUAUCCAAGAGUCUGACGUGCCUUUUUUGUCCAAAAGCGGGCUGUGUCUCAGGCCUCUUAGCCUCUUCAUUCCUACUAGCUCAGCAUCCAUCCGAGGGAUUUAAAUGUGCCUCUGUAGAUACUAGAUGAUAGAUCCGCAAUAUGCCAUCUGUUAGUGGUUUCUAGCUUUGAUAUAUUAUUAGUGCAUACUCAUCUGAGUGUAUGUUUUCCCUUUCACGUCAUUUAGAAUCUUAGAUCUUGUUUUCCCAGAAGCUUUGAAUAAACGCCAUUGGCUACAUUGGCAUGUACAGUGUUUUCCCCCUAGAGGGUGAGAUAGAACUUAUGGAGAAUCAUGAAUGGCUUGGUUCAGAGAAAAUAAUUCUUUAUUUUUACUUGGUUUU